AUGCAGCAACGGUGAGUUUACACAUCUGACAAACGUUCCCGUCUGAUUCUCACAUUAUUGUCCGGGGGUGAGUGUGAGCGCCUCACAGCAGAGGAUCAGUGUCUUCUCUCGGACGAAUGAAGAGUGGUGUGUGUGGGCUGAAGCCAGUCUGUCCCGCGCCCAACACUUUGCAGUGGUCGGCUGUCUGCAUGCCUGUUUCCAAAGCCUCGCGCGCAUUCCCCUCCCUUUCUGUUUACUUCAGCUGAGUGGCCCAAGUCAAACUCAAUACGGUCUCCCCUGUAAGGACGAACUGUGGCACUAUCCCAUUAAUAUCGAAAACCCCCAUAACUCCUCAGUAAGCCUAAUAAAGUCCAAUCAAACUGUUUUAAUCACCUUCAUAAGCUGACAUUAGUUGAUUAGCUGGCAUUACCAUCUCCAAUUGUCGACUUUUUUUUAACUCUUUCCAAGUGAAAAAAAAAAAGAUAUUAUAAAUUCAACUUUUUUGUUGCAUGGCUGUUACAUCCAAAUGAAUGACCGUCAUCACAAAGUUGAACAUCAAUUGGACCAUCAGAUCAACAAUUUCAAACACCAUCAAAUCAGAUCCCCACUACCAUCAUGUCCCCCUUGUUUGUUUCUCUAAAUUAGAAAAAAGGGACCAAAGUAACUCUGAACAAGAAAGGACGUCUUGUGCAGAGGUCACUACCUUGCCCUCCGGUUCUCAUUCUACUUCAUCUUAAUUUAGGAUGAGGAGGCCACGAAGACGAGACUGGUGGGCAGUAUCUCUUCAAGACAGCCAGUGUAAAUUAAUAGUUUUAGAGUAUGACAAUAUUUGAGUUGCAACUGAGUCUCCCUGCAAUCCUGUGGUCAACGGUGAUGAGGCCAGUUUCACAACAGUGAUUUGAGUAGCGCUGCUGCCAUCUACUGGUGAAAGUGUUUAAUGAAGUUACAAGCACAUAACCUGAUGUUUUUAGGUUGUAAAACUAUUUUUUAAAAACUAAUGAAGAAGUAUUAAAAACUAAUCUCUUAGAUAUUUCCUUUUUAGGCACAGUGUUAACUAUUUUUGUAUUUGCAUAUUUUAGGUCUUUUUGUUAGCUGGGUGUAUCAGCCGAUAUCCGAUACCAAUCCAAUACAACUGUUGAAUGAAUGAACUGUAUACCUCACCCUGUGAGUGAAGGCAUCAGGCUUGACACUAGCCUUGUUUAAAAAAAGGUAACAAAUUAACACAGAUAUAAAUUUACUGAAUAUUAUUUAUUAACAAAUAACAAAUUGCACAUUAGCAAAAAGAAGUAAGACUUCCAUGUAAACAUUUAGUGCAAAAGGCAUAGACAUAGAAUACAGAGUGAACAGAAUUGCUGUAUAUGAUAUUUAUAUAAAGAAAAAAUAGACUGGAUCAGAAAGCUGGAUCAGCGUUAUUCAUCAGAUAUCUGAUCCAGUUAAUUUGUCAAUAUCGAAGCCGAUAUCUGAUCCAAAUAUCGGAUCGAUGCAUCACUAGUUACUUCUCAUACUUAAUUUGAAAAAUAUUUCCAUUCCUCCAAAGCAAACACAGCAUUAUUAUCAUUUCAAAUUUGAGCUUGAACUGCUAAAUAUCAUCAUGAGAGCAGUUCCUUUAAUGGGAUUGUUUUCACAGCUGUAGCGUACUCAGGAAAAGGAAACGUCACGGUAAGUGUUGGCUCUAUUUGAAGAUAAUAGUACUUAAAAGCGGAGUAUGAAACUCAGAUAGCGCAGGCCAUCCACUGAAACACCUUUACAGCAGACCAUCAUCUGGUAUCUUGAGUAAAUGAUAACCAAAGGAUUUGCCAAGCCUUGAGUGUGAGCCAGCUAUGAUGUCAGCAGCCUAGUUAGAGCUUCUCCUUGCCUGGGGAACUAUCCAUCCCAAGACUUUCACAGCACACAAAUAGCUGAUGCCUCAGUACACACUUCAAGAACAUUAACAGAGCAGAGACUGACAUCGGCUUCUCUUCCCAUGGUGUGGACACAGCCAGCACUGAGAGCUUGUCUCUAUGGGAGGGGUACGAUCACAGAGUGGAAUCAGGAUUAACAACAAACAAAGUCAAAUCAUGAAACCGUGGAAGCUAAUUUUUCUCAGUAAGCAGGAGUAAAUAAGGACAAAGCUGAGCUCACAGAAAGCCUUCUUAGCUUUGUCUGUUGUAGAUUUGAUGCUUGUGACUACAGUACCACAAGAACUGGCAUGAGGACACUUUAACAAUAAUAAUAACAAUAAUGCAUCAGAUUUCAUAAAGCACUUCAUCAGAGACCUUCAAAGCGCUUUACAUUGGAUACAUCAUUCAUUUGCUCACCCAGUCACACCCUGGUGGUGGUAAACUACCUUAGUAGCCCUGGGCAGACUGACAGAAACAUGGCUGCCAGUUUGCACCUACGGCCACUCUGACCACCACCAAACAACACUCACAUUCAUACACCAGUGGAGGACACACACUGGAGGCAAGAUGGCUUAAGUGUCUUGCCCAAGGACACAAUGGACGGACUAAGGAUAGGGGGUAAUCAAACUGCCAACCUUCCAGUUAUUGGACAACUGCUCUACCUCCUGAGCUACUGCCGCUCAUAACGUGGUUUACAUAGCCAGAGUUGCUAUGCAACUCUCAACAAAUAGAAAUACACAUAUAGCUUACAGCUGUCAAUAUCAAAAAGUACAGGCCAAAAGACCAACACUUCAGCAGUGUCUGUGACAUCUUCUGAAAACACUACACAUCUGCAGCAUUGAUGUCUGAUCUCGUACUAUAGUACCAGCAUUAGUUGGUCAAGAACGUUUAGUAUACAGUAGUCCAGUAGAGGGAGCUCUUUAGCUCAUUCGGUGUCUAUUUAAGGAAUUUAUAUAUUCAAGUUCAUCUUGUGCCCUCAGCCCCCAAAAGAAAAAAAACACAAGUGGGGAGAAAGAACAGCUGAAAACACUGUAAAAUAAUAUAUAUAAUAAUAAUGUUUGUGUUUUUUUACAGCAUGGGGGUCAUCUUCUCCUCCCACUCACAACACAGCUGCAGAGCAUCACACCUGAUCCUGAAUCACAAAGCGUCAGGGGAUGAGAAGAUAAAUCAUCCAGUCAAUAAAAGUGGGCAGCCUCCUCUCACUUCAGUGCAGCAUCUUCAUCACACUGAACCACCAAUUCAGAAAAAAAUGACCUGUGAUGCCCCAUGAGGCAACAAAAUGCCAGACAUGCCAAGAUGCUGUGUUUGUCCACCUUUGGGUGCCGCAACUGCGCAACUGCAGGAUUCACCAAAACCUCUAUGUGUGAUACCUUUGGCCAAAUCAAGGCAUUCUGUUGUGCUGCUGUUUCUGUUAAAUUUAACAUAAUUUUACAUGUAUGACAUGUGAGUACUAUUCAAUCCACCAGCACUUCACAGGGUAACAUUUCUAGGUAAAAAAAACAAUAUUCAAGUCCAAUUUGAUGUAAUUUAGCACAUUCCAAACUUUAAAACUACUUUCCUCUCCUAUCCACAGGUACAAGAAUGGCCGUCAGCGUCCCUACAGUCUUGCACUGGGACGUCUUGUCAAGCAGAAGCUGUGGGAACGAUUGGAUCGUCCACAGUUCACUGAGACUGUGAACGACAACGGACUUGUCUGUGUACACACCAGCUACGGGGUUGGAGUUAAUCCACCGCUGUACGACGUGGACACAUCCCACGAACCAAUGCCAAAGACUUCACCCAGAAAGAGAGUGAGGACAUGAAAGUCUUCACUCUCUACUUGUGAAUAUGGCUGUUUUAACUCCGAGUUAAAACUUGUAAAUAUUGUGAAUACUGUAGCUUAAGUUACUGUAGUUUAAGUUAGAUUAAGUUUAAGUUAAGAUAUGAAAUUAUAAGUAUACGGGGAAAAAAUUAAGAACUGCCUAAAACAAAAAGUCCUCUCUGAAAGCAACUCAAAACACCUCAGCCGUCCUGCACCUUGAGCCUCCUCCAAACUCCUGACUCGACCAACAACUAUCUCUGACCAGACUGAAAAUGACAAACUAUCGAACCUGCCUCCAUCCUCUCCUCCAACAUGUGCCAGCAGCUUUUACCACUUUAGCGCUGCACAUUUGCCAACCUCCAUCUCAAGCCUCUGAAUAAGAACAUCUGCCUCCUCUUGCAAAAAAAAAGAAGAUGGCUGCCUUCACCUGCAGCCUCCAUCACCAGCCUCCACCUCCUCCUCCUGUUCAAAGGUAAAUUUUUCAAAUCAAUUAAAUCCAUGUGCCUCCACCUGUUUAUGGACUGACAAUGCCUUAAACCCAAACUUCUUUACAUCAACAGCCAUCACCUAUGAUUGCAGUCUCAGCCACACAUCAGCAGCCACUAACUCCAACUGCAACCUGGACAAGCACAUUGGCUCAACCAUCCCUCUCUGCUAACAACCUUGAGCCACAUCCAGGAGUGCAAUAAUAUGGAAAAAAGAUAGCAAGCCAACCUAAGACUCUCUUGGCAAAAUAUAGCUACCUCCGCCAUCACCAACCAACAAGCUGCCUUCAAUGCCUUGAUGUCACAGACUGAUACUGAAGUGCCUACAAGCCUCUGCCCAAGCAAUCUACACCUGCCUCCACCUGUGGAUCUGGGCCAAAGAUUCACCCUCUACCUCCAGCUGGUCCUAUGCAGCACACUUAAAGCCAGAUUAACCAACCAAGACCUCAAUCGGCACUUGCCAACUCCAGCACUGCCUGUAAACGUGACUGAAAGCUGCAGCAAAAGCCCCACCCUCAAGUAAAUGGCAUUCAAGAACCACCUCAACUGACAGCAACUCUCCAAGAAGUCAUAGGUGAUAUAAACUGGGUGUUCUAACAACAACUCACACUGAUAUAGCCAUGUAGCUAAGUUACCUUAUUUACGUAGUAGCUUGUGAACCAUUAAUUGAGGACUAUAGGUCAAAGCAUCACUUUCAGUGUUAUCUAUCCAGCUACUGAUCUCUGGUCACUUCUUUUAACAGCAAACGCUCCAAGUAAAUUCAGCUGCAGCCGCAACUUCUACCUGCACAACAUCAAAGAGCUGUUACCAAAGUCUUCACCUCAAGUUUCUUCCUGAAGCCUGAAAUAGCAAACUGAGCUGCUCAGUCCAGUCUCAUCAACUGAAGGUACCAUUAAUGCCUAAAACUCAAGCCUCCCUCACCAAAAAAUUGUGGUAUGUGGCUGCACUAAUGCUUCCUAUUUCAACCUCAGCUACACACCAUCUACAAAAUCAACUUAAAGCUUCUUCGAGGAACCAGCAGCCACCAACUCCCUGAUAGAGACCUUGAACUGCAGCCGUGUGAAGCGGUAUCCUUCUCUCUGGAUCCUUGCUGGUAUUGUACAAACUCUCUAAUGCACAUCACUUUGAGCUGAAGUAUCUGUUUUAUGACAUUGUGACAUUGUGCUGCAGGUGCCGCCAACUCAAGCCCAAGCCUGUACCAGGAACCUGCCUACACCUCCAGUUCCAGAUGAUGCUUGAAAUCGACAGUCAACAAAGAAGAGCCUAAAGUUUUCUGCUGUAGCCUCUGCCAGAGACCAUGGGUGUUAACGUCAACCUGUGCAAAAUGAAAGACAGCUGCUGCCUCUACCUCCAAUUCAGCCACUUCCAGCAAACGUCACCUGUCUUUACCGGCAGUUUGUGACUUUCAACCACAGGAUCUGACAAACACUGACAGCACAUGACGCCACUCGCAUUUUACAGCUUAAAGCCCAAGCCCAUACCUCACAUUCAGUCUUUGCUAAUAUUCUUCUUUGUUUCCAUUGCUUGCAGCUCCAGCCAGUAUUCAUCAGCUUGCCGCUCUACCUAAAAUUUGUGGCCUCACCUGCAGCAUGACCUCCAACCGAAGCCAUCACCUCCAGCCGCUGCUUCCACCUGCUGAAUCUACAGUCAAAUGUAAGGUAUAAAUCAAAUGCUAUAGCCUGUAGUUGGUGUCUGUUGGCUUCCUCCUCCAAAUAUCAACCAUGUCUCCACCUGCAGCACUAAUGAACAGUGUUUGAUGUAAGCCAUGCCAGAAGCCAAUGCCAGAAGUCUUUAGUCCCCGUCUCCACCUGCACCACCUCUGUCUGCAUUAUAUAUGGUAAAUAAUACUCAUGUAUUUUUUUUAACUCUAAAGUUUCUUUUUCCUUUAAUUUCUCUUUUUGUCAUUGUAUUUAUGCUGCUGUAAUUUGGAAUUUCCCAUGGGACUAAUAAAGGAAUAUCUUAUCUUAUCUUAUUACAUGAAAGAUAGCUGCUUCCUGUGCCUUCAACCCAGUCCUGCUAGCAAAAUGAAGCCUAAGUCCAUGCCUCCAUCUUGGGCCUCUAAUAAACAGCAACUGCAUCUGCUGCCUCCAGUUGGUGCCUUUGUAAGGAUUGUGAGGUACCAAUUUGCCCUAAAAAAAUCCUCUUUGAUAAAAAUAAUAAAAUUUAUUUUUAAAGUGCUUUCCAUCAAAGUGCUGCACAACAAGUAAAAUAUGAGGAAAAGGCACAUUAAAAAAAACAAGUCAAAAGCAAAUUACAAUCAUAAUGGUAACCAUGAGUCUCAUGCUUUACUUCUUUAUUACUUGCAUGCCUUUCAGCUACAGACAACCCUCCAUAGAAAAUGCUUCUACUUUAAAGACUUACAGCAAACUGAAAGAAAGAAACCAAAUGCCCCCCCCCCCAAAAAAAAAAGGGUACAAUUUUUGAAUGUUUAGAACAUUUUGGCCUUUAUCUCCUCUUUCUACUUUUUUUGCAAUGAAGUUACUGUAACAAAAAGCAAUUUCUCCCUGUGGUUUAUUAAAUUAUUUCUGAUUCUGAUUCUGAAAAUAUGCACUUCUUAAGUUUGUCAGCAGAUGGCACCAAUAAUCAUGGUUUUUAAGGACAUCAGAUUCUCACUUUGAAUUACAAUGAAAUUUACAAAUGACUAGUUCCCCUUUCAAAGGACAACAUAGUUCAAGGUUAAGUAAAUUUUUGUAAUUUCAUCUUCUCUGAGGUGACAGGAAGCCUUGGUUUUCCCUACAGUUACAUUAUACUGAAACUAAUUCAUCUACUGUAUCCUUAGGGGUUGGAAGAAGGUCAUCAGUCACAUCUAGCAUCUUCACAGUCUUGAUAUGAAACCUGGCAUAUCCACAGCAUCAGUAUUUAUCACUUGAGUGCAACCAGGAAUCAGAAACUUGCCUGCAUCCUCAUACUGAGCUUUCUUACACUCUCUGUCACUGUAGAUGCCAAUUGAGCUCAAACAAUUCUUUGACCAGGAUUACAGCAGUCAUAGCGGGGGAUCCAUCAACUGUGUGUCCUCAUACUGAGACUGAGUCCUGUGGUGAACAGACAGACUCAAGGUGCUUUAGCUCAUCAGUUCUGGCCCUCUAAACUGGGGAUUUAGGAGGUUUUAGUGGGGUUAAACCCCCCAAAAUUGGAGCCCCCAACUGCUGGUUCAAGAGAUUACACCAUUCAGUCUCCCAUUUUCACCUCCCUGUCUUGAGGGAGCAGCAGUAAGUGUGGAGGGCGAUCGUAAAAGACAUGCCUCAGCUUGACAUCUCUAGUGGAAGGAAGUGGUGAUAAAUGAGUGUGGAGAGGCUUGAUUUAGUUGAACAUUACCUCAUGCUGUGUAGCUGAAAUCUAAGGAAUGUGUGGACAGGAUUUGGGGAAAUUGUUGUAAUCAAUGCUCUUUCUUGCAUUCAGAGAUUUCUUAACAGGGCCUGUUAAGCAUUAAAUCGUAAAAGGGUGCAGAACUGUAUCGUUCCAGCAUGCAUAUAUGUAAAAUGCAGUGGUCAUAUUGCUGGCCAAAGCAGGAACCUUAUGCUCCAUUUCUCUUAGAUAGAAGUAAGCCAUGCUGCAUCUUUAAUGAGAGUCUGACAUCUUUAGUGCCACUGUCUCACUAUCUAUCUUUACCUGCAUGGCACUCCCAGGGAGGACAGAGAGCAGAGUGCCAUUAAGCAUUACAGAUCCUCUUCACAACAUGUCACUUACGCAUUUCCAACGCUUAAAAGCAACAAAUCACACCUAAUGAAUCUCUUUAACCAGGAUCCAUGCUUUAUUUAUAACGACUGUUUCCUGAGCGGCAUUUAAUUGAUUGGUAAAAUGGUUUUUAUAGACUCUUCAUUAGCCUGUUACAGCAGUGGAUCAAUACAGCAUCAUUACAUGCAUGAAUGAAUAGAGUACCCGGUCUCGCUAUAGGGCAUAUUGGGUUGUAUUAGUAGACAAUCACUGUUGUCACAACCUUUAAGUUACAUACGUUAACAGUCAAUGAUGUAUUACUUGACCACUGACCUAAAAGACUGAUUGGUUCAAUGCAGUUUGUUUAUAUAUUAGUAGACAAUUGAGGGAGAACUUAUCUGACCACCAAAUAAUCAUAUUUGUUGUGACCACCCGUCAAACUCACAAACUGGCAUAUGUCCCAAAUUCAGGUUUAAAUUUAUGCAACACAUUGUAAAUUCAUCACCAAAAUAUGCCAACAAAUUAAUUUGAAUAAAUUAUAACUCACUUUUAAUAAUUAUUCAAGCAGUUUGAAUGCCCUUCUGUUUGUAUGCAAGUCUUUGUCUCUUAGAGUGUGCACACACUGAAAACUAUCCUACUCCACCCUCACUUCUGUCCCUUAGGGAGAGUCCUCCACUGUUCACGAAACAAAGUGCUGUUGUGCACGAAGGUGGAAAAGUGUGUUUAACCCAUUCACCCCUGGGAUUUCCUCACUGUCUGUGUUCACUGAACUCUGAUGGGAUCUAAAUACUCCUUUAAAACGGCACAUGCGGGCUGUUCGCCGAGGUCAGGCUGGACGCUUUGUGUAUACGUCCAUGUGCACGGGUGCAUGUGCUGACUUGGUCUGGAUAGAGUGACUUGCUUUGUGUUUGACUAGUCGACCACAACCCUCACAUUAAGCCAAAAAAAGGGGGGUGACUACCUUUUUGACGGGGCAUUUUAUCUCAAUGAGAUCAUAGCAAUUGGCUCUAAAUGGCAUGUGGCGUGCUGUUAUGAGAGGGGUGGACUGCAGGGAAAUACAGUCUAUCUCCCCCCUAUUUAAACCCCUCCCUCCCUCCAUCUCCAAAAUACUCAUUCUAUCAUUGUUUGGGAUAUGAUUAUCAAAAGAGGCAUCCGUAUGACCUCUGCUGUCAUCAUUCCAAAACAGAUGCCUCUUUUCGUAAUCAUAUGCAAUCCAGCACAGCAGUUCAUCCGUAGCCUUGCUGAACUCACCGGUGGGUUGUUGCUCUUUUUGGCUCCCCCUCCCCUUGCUUUAUUUUUAACAACACCGUUCUCCCAUCUCUGCUUAGAACCGACUUCUACAUGUUUGUGAAAACUGAUUCAGUUCCACUGAACUACCUACUCCAGUACCCUUUUUUUCCCCUAAAGUGUGAGACAACACCACGGCUAUAGGGAGGGGGAAAGUGAGAGAGGGGGAGAAGGGGCAGGGGGGUAAGGGAAAUGGAGGGAAGGGUUGAUGAAAACAACAGAUCUCUGCUCCCUAAUCCUUUUGUGUCGACGGUGUUAAUCCAUCCGUGCAAACGCGGCAUCACCCCCCCUCACCCAGCCACCCACCCUCCCUUAACUCCUGCAUCAUAUACUAGGCGCUCCCUCCACAUAAACAACCCACAGCAGUGUUGAAACCAAUACCAGUUCCCCAGACAGUCGAGCAGAAGCUGCAGCAGCCCCCUGACAAACACACAACUCAGGCUCAACUUUGUCCCUGCUUUCAUCCCACUCAUCUUUGUGGCCACUGGGAACAAGCCUCUCUACUACAAUGCUUUGCUUUGUUUAUGCAAACAUAUUUGAAUGUGGUAUUAGCAUGUUAUUGGGUGUGUGUUGGAAAUUGCAAAUUAUUGUGUCUUUUGUUUGUCUUUUGUCAUGAAUGCAUCCAUUUCUUUUUUGGGUGUUUUUUUUUUUCCAGUUUAGCUACUGUACGUAUACAUGGAUGCACAUGAGAGCAACACGGUGUAUCUGCUGCAAGUGUUUUUGUGUCGUGGUCUUGUUUACGAGCUGUAAGAGAGAGGGGGGAGGGAGCGGAGGGAGGGGAGGGGGGAGGUUAGGGGAGCGGGAGCGCAGUAGUUGCCGGGGGAAGAGGAGGUUGUGUCUAAUGAGGUCACACCCUGGCAACCCAGUGACUCCUCCCACUCAGCCCCCCCUCCUCUCCUCCAUCCCUCCCAUCCCUGCUCUUACCACUUGGCCCCCUCUGAGUGUGCCCACCCACUCAACCCCCCCCUCCCCCCCUUUACCCUCUGACAGGGAGAGCUCUCCGUGGUGCUGAAAGCAGAAAAACACAUUCAGGCUCUGGUUAUAGUGCAGCAGCAGAGCAGAAGCAGGCGAGACAAAAACAGAAAAUAAGAUGGGUUUGUAAAGAGGAAGAGUGGCAUGUAGGGAAAAAGGAGGAUGGAGAGAGAGGGAGAGAGGAUGACGCUGAAGUGAAAGGUAGCUACAGUAGGCAGUGGGCGUGUUCAUCUUGUUGUGAUCUAUAGCUGGGAUGCCCGGUGUCAUCUGCUUAAGCACAGAGCGACUCUACAGACCUUUGUGGACGAGCAGGACAAGAAGGAGCCGGCAGGGAAAUCCAUAACUUGAAACCCACAACAUUCUGCUUUACCUCCGUCACCACCUUCACUGUGGAUAAGGUUUUCUUCCCUUACCUGUGCUGUUCUGAGACAUUUUCCGUUUCCUGACGUAUCAAAGCCGAAGGAGAGACAUUCAGCGACAGACGCAUUUGAAGGUCUGUGACUGCCUUAUCUGCAACUGCAAGGGGAGUUUGAUGUGAAAGUGAGUGAGUGUGUUAGUGUGUAUUCGUGUCAUGUUUGCAGUUGCGGGUGCGGUCUGUCGCUGCACCGCAUCUUUUUUUCUGUCUCUAGCAUGUGCAGAUGUGUGAAGCAGUGAAACUGGCUGCUGGAUCGGAGUUGAACAACAUCUGGACUGGAGGGGUCGCAUCUCCCUUUUGUGCCCAGGGGAGGGAGCCAGGGGCUGGGCACCCGAUGGCCCAGUUCCCCUCUAGCCACAGCCUCAUCCUGGGUCACAAGGAGUCCUUCUAG